AUGCCUCUACGACAACUGUACCCCGACCCCGCAGCAGCGAAAUCGACGCAAGUCGAUACCGUCAAGGUCGACAUCAUUACAGUCCACGGCCUUAACCCUCGAAGCAAAAACGAUGCCGAUCACGCGUGGGAUACUUGGCGUACGCCUUCCGGAAAUUCUGGCCGCCUCUGGCUCCGCGACGACCUGCCCUCAUCAGUGCCCGAAUCGCGUAUUUUUCUCUACGAAUAUGACGCGAGAGCGGUCUACGGAAAGGACAAGGUAAUGGGCGGUCUCCUGAUCAAGCAGGCGUUAAUAAAUGCGCACAACAACAAAAAGUACACAUCGAUUAAAGAUGCAACAACAGGGUUGGCAUUUUUUGCCACACCGCACCGCGGGGGCCACGACAUGCUGCUUAGCCUCGGAGGGGUGGCAGCUAACAUUGCUUUGUAUGUCGGAUUGAAGGAAGGAGACAACGUGAUAGAGACCCUGAGGAAGGGGGGAAUCUUCUCGGAUAUUAUGCAGGAGCAUUGGAGACACCAACUGGAAGAGUACAACAUCAUCUCCUUUUGGGGAUCGCUGGACGAGGUCGUUCCAAAAGAGAGCUCGCGAAUUGGCCUGCCAGGAGACCGAGAGAACAUCGUGAAACUGAAAGCAGACCAUAGUAAGGUAUGCAAGUUUGGCCAGAGCCAGACAGACCAGGACAACCUUAAGCUUGUACAAAGUAAUAUCGAGGAUAUCUAUGAAGCCGCGCUCAAGAAAUUAGAGCGGCAGCGGAAGCAAGAUCGAUCAAUCCUUAGUUGGCUCACACAGGUCAAUUAUGCCCCACAGCAACGCGAUUUGAUCGGGCGCAGAGCAAAGGGGACAGGACAAUGGCUUCUCAACUCGGCAAAAUUCAAGUCAUGGAGAGACGCUAAGAAUCAGUCACUAUUCUUUCCAGGCAUCCCCGGUGCCGGCAAGACAAUUCUCACAUCCGUCGUGGUUGACCAUCUCAAUGAACUGUUUCAGAAUAGACGUACUGGAAUCGCAUACAUUUAUUGCAACUUCAAACGUCAAAAUGAACAGAAGUUGGAAGAUCUCCUUGCAAAUUUACUGAAGCAGUUGACUGAAGGCCAAUUCUUUUUGCCGGAUGAUGUCAGGGAUCUUUACGACAGGUUCAAGAACGAGAACACGCGGCCAUCCAUCGACCAUCUCUCAAGAGCUCUCAAAUCCGUAGCCAUUUUGUAUUCAAGGAUCUUUAUUGUCGUUGAUGCGCUCGAUGAAUGCCAACUAUCCGGUGGUACCCAAGAGACAUUUCUCUCUGAGCUUAUCAAUCUGCAAGAAAGAUGCAAAGCAAACCUUUUUGUGACCUCGCGGUUUGACCCCAAUGUCACUACAAAGUUCGACCAGAAUACAUGGCAAGAAAUUCAGGCAGAUAAGGGAGAUAUAGAGAGAUACCUGGAAAGCAACAUGCAGAAAUUAGCCGUUUUCUCGGACUGGACUGAAAAAUUGAAAGAGGAUGUCAAGACUGAAAUUUCAGAUGCCGUCGACGGGAUGUUCCUUCUAGCCCAGAUAUACCUCUGGUCGCUCGAGGGUAAGACUACAACAAGGGAUGUUCGGAGCGCCUUGAAACGACUCCGGAGACAGAUUCCAGGGUCUACCGAGGACCAGAAGCUGGAAGUUCUGAAUCAGGCGUACAAUGAGACAAUGGAUAGAAUCAGCAAGCAGAUACCUGCUCAUUUCCAAGAUCUUGCUAAGAAAACUCUGUCAUGGAUUACGUGCGCCAAAAGACCUCUAACUACCUCAGAACUUCAGCACGCUCUUUCCAUAAAGGAUGGUGAUACCCAGCUUCACAGGGAUGGCUUUGAGAAGAUUGACAGAGUGAUCUCAGUAUGCAUGGGCAUGGUCACUGUCGACGAGGAGAGCAAUAUUAUCCGGUUGGCCCACUAUACUACACAGGAAUAUCUCGAGAAAGCACAGGACCUUUUGCUCCCGGACGCCGAGGUUGAUAUCACAAACACAUGCCUUACCUACCUCUCAUUUUCUGGUUUCCAGAACGCGCCCCGUAAGAAAAUGACCGAACUCGAAGAAAGUGUACAGUCCAAUGUGCUUUACGAAUACGCCAUAUACAACUGGGUAUACCAUGCUCGGGAGGCUCCCGCUUCAUCCUAUCGAGUUGUGGACUAUUUAAAUGGACAAGCGCAAGCUGACGCCUCGAUCCAAGAAGUCUACUUUGCAAACAAUUGUUAUGGUUGGGACUGCGAAUUUAAGUUCUCAGGGGCAAGCAGACUACAUAUAGCGUCGGCUUUGGGAUUGGAGCAUGUUGUGGAAUUCCUGCUUGAUAUGAAUGAGGCAGCUCUGAAAGAUGCUCGGGAUCGAACGCCACAUAGCUAUACUGCCCGGAAUCGGCACACGUCCUUCCGUACACAGUUACUUGCAAAAGUGGCUUCUCAAACGAAAUUAGUGAGCCUGUUCAAGUCCAACCCCCUUGAUCUGAAGGAUAACACCGGGAGGACACCGCUUAUCCACGCUGUGUAUGCUGGGUGUACGCCUAUUGUUACGGAGCUUCUGAGAAAUUGUGCCAACACCAAUCUGAAGGAUACCAGAGAAAGAACAGCACUUAGCUAUGCAGCAGAGAUUGGAAAUAUAGCCAUUGUGACAGAGCUUCUCGCGAAUGGUGCGAUGACUGACGUCAAGGACAAACUUGGUAACAGGCCACUUACCUAUGCUGCGGAGAAAGGACACACAGCCAUUGUGACGCAGCUUCUUGCGAAGGGUGCUAUGAUUGAGGUCAAGGAUAAAUUUGGUAGGAGACCACUUUCUCUCGCUGCAAAAAAUGGACAUACAGCCAUUAUGACAGAGCUUCUCGCGAAUGGUGCGAUGAUUGAGGUCGAGAAUAAAUGGGGUAACAGACCACUUACUUUCGCUGCUGGUAAUGGACAUACAGCCAUUGUUGCAGCGCUUCUCGCGAAGGGUGCUACUAUUGACGUGAAAAAUGACUAUCUUCACACGCCACUCGACUAUGCUUUAAAGCGGCACCAUAACGCUGUCGUCCAACUUCUGCAAGCCGCGAAACGCUAG